AUGGAGGUUGUUGUUUGUUGUUCAGCAACUUCAACUGACUUGGAAACCACGAAAACAAAUUUGGUCUCAGCAAGAACAGAAUUGAACAGGACAAAGUCCGCCGUUGCGGAUUUGGCAAUCAAAUUAAAUGUAUAUUUGCAACGAUUCGGUUACGAACUAAAAACUGCCGAAGACAAUCUGAGAAAAGAAUUUGGAGCAACCUCAAACGAUUUGGAAACUGCGACAACAAAUUUGGCCUCAACGAGAACGGAAUUGAGCAACAUCGUUGCGGAUUUGACGACCAAAUUAAAUGCCCGAACCAGUGAAAUAGUUGACAUUGGUAAAAUGCCAACCUCUUGUUGGGAUCUGCAGCAAAUGGGACAUAAGCUGAGCGGAUUCUUUUUGGUCAAAGGAUCAAAAAAGAUGGAAACGCUUUACUGUGACUUUUAUCCUAAUCAAAAUGACAAACAGAAAUGGAUCGGAUACGCCGACGUCAAAUCAGCCUCCGUCCAUUUCUACGUCCAGCGAAAUUCUGAAUUAAAAACAAAUUCUGAAUUAAAAACAAUUCCGAUUCCGUUCGAGUUGGUGCGGGUAAACGAGGGAAAUGCCAUGAAUUUGGCAUCGGGGAAAUUCACGGCACCGCGACCGGGAAUUUAUUUCUUCUCAUUCACGGGACUGGCGCGUCUCGAAUCUUCCCAAUUACCUGUUGGGUUUGCUUCUUAUCUCUAUUUGAACGGGAGUCUAAUCGGGUCGAGUUACGUUCGCGAGGCGAGGAGCCCCGUUGAUCAAUUUAGUCCGUUGACCGUCCAGUCGACGGUGACUUUGAAACAAGGCGAUCAAGUCUGGGUGGGGAUUGGUUUUAGCAGUAGUUCAUCCUCGUAUUUGUACGACAACAGUGAUUACCACAACACCCAUUUCACGGGUUUCAUGUUGGAGGAGGAAAUUGUGGCGUCCCUUUGAGGUUUUGGGUCCAAAAUGAACGUCGACACAAACAUUUGGGGAAGGGAAGAUAAUUUCAUUCUUAUUCAUUAAGCGAUGGGUAUUUCUUUCCGAAAAUUGAACUGAGGAUGAAAAUAGACCCAUUGAAUAUACUAACCAAUUUUCAAGUU